CCGUGCGACGCACUGCAUUAAUAGCACAAUCGACGCAGAAGAGUUUGUUGAAUCGAGUUAAUUGGAGGGCUGGGUGAGUCUGCUUCAGCCUGGCUGUGCCUUGUUUGUCCUGAUGUUAGUGAUUGCUAUACGGUGCAUUUUGGCGCGCAGUAGAACGGCGGUGUUCGAAUUCGAACAGCAGUGAGACAAUGGAAAAUAGUGAAAUCGCAGAAGAUCCUGCUGCUACACACAUAUAACAACAUAUCGUUAUAGUGUAUGCGGCAUCUGGCUGUUGACGGUGGUUAGCAGGCGUCACGAAUACGGGGUGUGUAUGUUCAUCGUUCAUAUACCAACGGAGAACGAUAGCAGGAGUAGCAAUCGAAGCGACAGUGAAUAAUAAUUGCAGCUUGUUUCUAGAGGGCUACUUAUUCAUUAGAAUAACAAAUUACAGAGGUUCUAUGUAAGUGAGUAUGAAUGUAUUUGUGAUCUUGCUGGUCGACAAGGAAGAGUGAGUAUAGUUCACGAAACGCAUGGAUCAGCUCUGUCGAUUGGAUGGUCUUUUCGAUUUAAAACAGUCAUAGAACAAUAGUCGAGAUCGUAAUGAAAGUAACCGUGUUAAUGUUGCUUGAUUACCAAGUGAAUGGACAGGUCGUAUUUGCUACACGCGGCCAGUGGCGUGCCAGCCUUUAACCAAUUACUAGGAACCUACUACAGGUUUAGUGCUGGUGCGGGCCAAUUUUGUGAAAUUGAUUCUGGAUUGGCGUGUCACGGAGCGUGCGUUCAAUUCAAGUGUCUGCCAGUAGAGGAAGGCACAAAAACAAUCACAAGAUCAACAGCUCCUCAUCAAACUACGGAUGCCUCGUCGAUAAAGGAGUCUGGGCCAAUGGCGGCGCAGCACUCGUAGGCUGCGGGGUCUCGAAGAGGAGGGAAAAGAGCUGUCUUUCAAACGAGAACGCGCCCAUAUGAGGAAGAGAACCGGGAUGUCGAAAGCGACAGUGUGGCCCCGGCUCCAAGCCUCAAUGCUAGUAGGUCUUUUACUUGCAGCAUAUUUCGGCGAUGCAACACAAUCCCGUAAAUGGUCGUCGUCUGGGAGCAAUCGGCGGGGUAACCGACCCCCUCAGCGGUUUGCCAUUGAGCCGCAAUCAAAGGUUGCCACGAUUGGUGAGGACGUCGUACUCGCAUGCCGUGUCGAGAACAAGGUGGGCACUCUACAGUGGACGCGCGAUGGGUUCGGGCUCGGUAUCGAUCGCAACUUAUCAGGCUUCUCUCGCUAUGCGAUGGUCGGUAAUGAUGAGGAAGGGGAUUAUACACUGCACAUUCGCGGGGUGACGCUCGAGGACGAUGCGGACUUUCAGUGUCAGGUUGGAGCGAUGGAUGGCAUCAAGGGGAUCCGAUCGAGGUUCGCACAUCUUAAUGUACGAGUGGCUCCUGAACCUCCACGCAUUUAUCCACCGGGCCAUAUGACCACCACGGCAGGGAUGAGGGUCGAGCUUGUGUGUCGUUCAGACGGGGGGAAACCUGCGGCGGACCUCACCUGGUUCGAUGGACUAGGCAAUCGCGUCGAAGGUCCUAGUCUAAAACGCGAGAUCAAGCCUGUACCCGAUUCCAAACGGGAGAAUUCCCUUCUCACAUGGACAUUUCAUCCGUCAAAGGAACACGACGGCCAGACCCUAACCUGCAGGGCAGACAAUCCGGCCACAACCGAUUCUAUGUUGGCCACGAUCACAAUGGAAGUUCGAUAUCCCCCGGCAAUCACUUUCUCCGUAGAAAAUGAUAAGGUCCAGGAAGGCGACACUGUCCGUUUCCUCUGUUCGGCUCAAGCGAACCCCACUGAGCUGACCUAUCGCUGGUUCCGUAACGAUGAACCUAUUAAAAUGGCCGGCAACGAGAAUUUCCUCGUUCUCGAAAGGGUUUCACGACGAAUGAACGGUGAGACAGUUACGUGUGAAGUACGCAACAGCAUUGGUAUCUCCAAAUCGACACAGACGUUGAACGUCUACUAUAAACCACAAUUCAGGAACGAGCUGCCCGUAGUUGCUGCGGAAAUAGGCACCGAGGUCGCGUUGACUUGCGAAGUCGACGGCAAUCCCCGACCGGAUGUCGUGUGGCUUCGCGAAGGAAGUACCCAGGUGCUGGCGAAACAAGCCACCUUCGUGAUUCGAGAUAUGGAGCCAGCCGACGCUGGCAAGUAUGUUUGUCGAGCCAGCAGCUCCGGAUACCAGGAGAUCCACACGGAGAUCACAGUGUACGUAAAGGGACCUCCGCACAUCAGCAGUCCCCAACUUCAGUACGGCAUGGAAGGUCAGGAGGUGCACGUCGAGUGCUUAAUUGUCUCGGUACCGCCUGCUGGCAAGGUUCAAUGGGAGAAGAACGGACAACUGCUGGACAUCGACAAUAAUCAAGGCAUCGAAAUGAUCAAAGAGCCAUUGACGGACGGCGAACGCAAUUUGCUGGUUAUACAUCACGCGAGCGAUGAUGACUUUGGCGAGUAUAACUGCUCAGCGUGGAACGCCUUCGGCGAGGACAGUAUGCUCAUAUCGGUGCGGCGUCAUCGAAACGUUGCCACUUUUGUUGUGAUGCUAGCUGCGACGUCAGGGGCUGUCGUAAUCGUUCUCCUGUCAAUUAUGGUCAUCUUCUGCGUACGCAGAAAACCAUCCCAGUUCAAAGCAGGAGCAGCAGACUUCAACAAUGACAACAAGAACGGUAAGGCGCUGCAGAACGGACCAAUGGCACUGAAUGGAACGACGGACCAUGGACCCGGAAGCGAGAGCGACUUAAAGGUCGAGCUGCGGGCGACGCCGACGUUAGCACAGCUUGCGCACAUUGGGCCGCACGUCAAUGGAGAUACGGCACCAGCCUGGGAUGAUGACAACGCGCCCGCCUUGCCCCCGUACAACAGCGCAUGCUCGGGGCAAGUUGACGGCGCGUACGACCAUUCCACCCCAACACAACAAGCCAACGGAAAUAAACCGGCAGGCACUAAUCCACAAAAUAACAACGGAACCAUCGUCGGUAGCAAUGGAGGUUGCGCCGUCGGGGUCGGGAGUUACCAGUUGUCGUACGGUGACAGUCUGGGAAACAAUCCAGGCGCUGGGGAUUUCAAUCUGCUCGUUGGAGGCCCAGCACUUCAUGGAGGGAUGUCACCUUCCCCAGCAGGUGGCUCCCUUGUAGCCAAUGGCACGCUCUACAACGGCGGGUCGAAUGCCACCAACGCCGCGCUGAUUCUACCACAGUACGCCCUUAACGACCUUUCCGGAGCUGUUACUAGCCCCUCUGAAUGCGGCACUCUUCCUCGAAACGGUACGCUACCGCUUAGUUUGAGAAUCCACGCAAUGGCGGUAUCACCCCAUACAUCGGUAGGAGGAACUGUUCCGUUUCGAAGCAAGAACACGCCAUCUUCUGGAUCUCCUAACUCGAACGAUCCUAUCUCCCCUCAGAGAUACAUCACGGCAACGCAAAAUGGUCAUACAGUGGUAGGUCAAGGUUUCAAAAAUGGUCAGCUUGCUACACACGUAUGAGAUUAGUUGGACGUUGUCCAGCGCACAAAAUGCCUGAGGGGUCCUGAAAAUAUAACUCGCGCUGUAUGAAGGCUGAGCAAGCGCGCAGUAACAAAGUGAGCAAAAACGACAGAUGUAGAUAAAAAAAAAUCGCAAACAAUGCAGAUAGUAGGAACAAACGAGUCCGGAAAAUGGAAUAAUAAGGAAAACCUGGACUGAGUGGCGGAUUUGUGGAUUUUUGUGGACACAAAAGAGAGCAACGAAGGUAAUAACAACAAGAAUAGGAAGAAAAAAGAGAAACCAAAAAAGCAAACGAUUUUCUGCUGAGCACAUGAUAGGAUAAUGGUGUGAACAAAUUGAAAGUCAGGUAAGUGAGCGAGCUCUCAAUCGGUGCAAGCGAAUGAAUGAUUGUAUCAUAACUUGUCCCCUGGCUAUCUGUGCUACUGGUUAAAUAAACAAACGCAGCAAUAGUAAGUAGUAGGGCAGGGCAACAGGAAAACGAGGUAAUCUCUCUGUCAGCAUUGGGGGUUAUAUUCAGAAGCAGAAUAUCUGGGAAGAGGUAUUCGCGCUGGCGGCUAAUCGGCGCACCGAUGGAAGCGGCUGCGUCCGAGGAUGAGGGUCAACGAAAACGACAGCUCGAUCAAUGCAGAGUUUGUUUAUAUGGGAAAGUGUUGCCGGUAACCGACCGUGAGCGAAUACACGAGAGCUACCUCCUAAUGAGCAGUCAAUUUAACAUAAUAUAAAGAAAUGACGACAAAGCAAAGCCAAUCGCAACAGCCGAUGCUGUUGCAACAACAGUUCUAUUAGCUAUGACAAUGUUUGCUGCUACAUCCUUCUGUAGAACCCAUUCUACAUGAAAGUGAAUGUGUGAAGAUCGCAGCUUCCGCCCCAUCUCGUUGGGCUCAAUUGAUAUUGAUAACAAUAAGAAUUAUCAUUACUAUUGAUAGAAUUACAAUUAUUGCGUUCCAUAAUUAUUCUAACUGGACCGCUUGCGCAGCUACACAACCAGCAGCAUUAGUUAGGGGUAGACAAACGCAAAGGCAGUAACAAAGGAAGCGAGGCAACACUAGAAGAACUUCAAUACAUUGUGUGAAUACGUCAAUGGCUUUGUGAUUAAAUGGAGGUAGUUAUGAAUCGUCCAGCGACCCCAUAACAACCACAUGCAUGAUAAAGCGACAUCACUUGUCUCGACAACGAACCAACUUGCCGUGAUAUCAGUCUAUAAACACUAAUCUAUCUUCACCUAAUCAACUGAAGUGUGGCGGCCACUCGCAACGUACCAGCCAGUCAGAGAUUUAGCAGCUACAAGAUAAUGGCUGGUGGUUUCUAAGUAAAGAUGCAGAUGCGUCCGGUGUCAACUGUAUCAAACCGGUCGCCAUACGUGCGCAAUAUACAAUUGUAGUAACAGCCAACAGUCACUAACACCGGCAUAAUCCUAACAAUCUUUAAGAAAAAGAACGCUAGGAGAGGCCUAGAGACCAGAGGGCGGACUGCUCAACUGUGUACAGAUUACAAUUCAUUACCGCAUCCUAUUAGAAAAACGCGUACAUAGUGCAUACACAACGAAGACGCACGGCGAAAUAUCCACACAAAUACACAAAGACAAAUAUAGUCAGACAGACGAACGCACAGAUUAUGCGAGAUCCUGACGUAAAUAGGAGGUAAAGAGGACUAACGAAAGACGACUUAGACAAGCCAACAGCAAUACAGGCAUCGACGCUAUUGAAGGAGGUAGUAAAAAGGCAUCAUGUAUUAAGCGCGAUUUUUACAAAAAUUUUACACCUCUACUCAAAAGUAUUGGCCAUAAAACAUGAGAGAUCGAACUAGUUAAAGAAACAAAGGUUUUUAUUUAUUCAUCUUGUCAACGCUGACAAGAUAUUUUUGACAGAGAUACAUUUAACUGUGACUUUGGUAAACGGAACUAUCGGAGGGGUGAAUUGUAACUUGCGCCGCUGAAAGCGGCGCAACAACGCGUGUUUCCACAAACGUACUCAAAGUCACCCUACACUUUAGCAACAAUGUCAUAGGUUUUAGAAUGGAAUGAUCCUAUAAUAUGUCUAGACAUUUUUUUAUCCUGUGCUUCACGUCUUUAGAAUUUCGCUCACGUUUCCACGGUGCCAUAAAAAUAAUAACCAGCUAUUUUUGUCAUCUGACUAUCAAAUGUUGCUAAUCUGAAACCGCGUCUCAGCUUUUACCAACGCGCACAUCGAUUCCUCAUAUUGUAGAAUCGGGUUCCUACUAACGGAUUUAUGAGCAUAGGCUAAAGCUCCUAACUGAUGACAAUAGAUCUUUCGAAGAAAUGUAGAAAAUGUAUGUACGUAUCCCAACCCAGCGAAGGUUGGGAAACGAACCUAAAAAAUUAUAGAAAAAACCUCAUUCAAGUCGACUAAGCUGUGUUUUGCGUCAUAAAUCAUUUAUUUUACUAGCCAGUGGUUCGUCAGCUAUGAAAUCCGAAUUGCAGACGCGAAAGUCAUGUGAAACGUCUUUAAUAUACAAGGCUAAAUAAAGCAUUAAUAACAAGCAACGUCAUAGGUAGCAAACAUCAGAGGAUACAGCGUAGGGCAACAGACUAUUGAAAAUAGCCCAAAAGAUUAAAAUUCGGCAUGAGCACAUCGCAUCAUAGGUAGAAUAUUGAGAAAAAUCGAUUUUAAUACAAACUAUACAGAUCGUAAUGAUGAGUUCGGUUAGAAAACACGCAUCGCUGACGGCUUGUAAUAUUACAGUAAUUGAAAUUUUCGGUUCUUAAGGACACAUAGGAAAAGGACAAGGACAGUAUUGGAAAUUAUACUUGUUGUUAACUGGCUGUGGUAUGCUAUAGUUGGCAGGCUGCACAUCUUUACAUGGCUGAGAGCUUCCAAGUCUUCCUAUUUAAAUAAGCGAAACGAUACCUUUGUUCCAUUUGUUAUACGAAAGGAUCGAGCACAACAGCAGCAUAUAGUUUCAGUAAAAAUCACUAAUAACUGAGGGCAAUGCCAACCGUAAAAAAUACCAUAGUCUUAAAAAAUCACUUUAUUUAUAAUACGUUUCAAUGCGCAUUAGUGUGCAUCGAUGUAUGGCUGUUAUAAUUCAAAUUGUCUUUCGAAAAGCUGAUCCGUUCCGUGUUUUGGAACAAUUUUUAGUAAUAUUAGUAGCCACUGGUGUGCAUCACAACAAUUGUUAUAUAAAAUAAGGAGUACAGUGUACUUCUUAACGAAUUUACAAUCAUGCGAAGUAUAAUUUUCCAGUGAAUUAUUUACUGUGGACUAUUUUACAGAACCAAGACAAAAACCGUAGCAGAAGCCGAACCUUCUUUUUUUUUUAUUGGAUUAGUGCAAAGAUGAACGAGUGAUAUUACCACCCAACUAUAGAAGAAAAACGAUGCAAACGGAGACACACAUAAUUAACACACCGAAACCAGGCAUGUAGGAAGAUGCAGAUGUGACAAUAUUGCUAAUAACUAUGAUGAUGAUUAUGGAGAUCGAGGACGGCGGUGAUGAUUAUAAUGAACAUGUAGCGUUGUGUAUAAAAUGUACAUACAAGUGCGCCCCCAACUAACAAAUGACGCGUUUAAGGGGGAAUCGGCUUAUUUUGUAAAAUAAAGAUUUUAA